AUGAGUACAGCUCCACCACCAUGGCGAGCAACUGCUGCGCCUGUUUAUUCAUCAAGUGUUUCUCCAGCGUACAUUCCAGUGCAAGCGCGUCGUAGCCUCGCUCAUCAUACUUCUGAAUCCACCACAGCCAAAACGGAGCCGAGAGAGUCGUCGUCGUCACCUAGAACAGCAGAUUCUAAAACUGGGAAGUCAAAAAUUGACUGGCCGCCAGCUGUUCGCCAGUAUGUCCAACGCAGCUUCGUCCCCGAGUUCCAAAUCGCGAGUGUGAGUCGGAUGGAGAUGGAGCAAAAACUCAAGCAAGUUAUCACCGAAGCCGCAGAAAAUGGUAACCUUUACAAUGUUGAUUGGGAGAACUUGCCGUUACCGCAACAAAUGAUUCAGAAUGAGCGAAAUAAGAUUCUCACUUCCGCUCUUUCUGCUUCCUUACCAUCUUUAUCCCCUACCAAAUCACAAGAUGUUCGCCAGCAGAAAGUAGAGAAGGCGAAGGAAGAAACCCCCAAGAAGAGGAAAUCGUCAGAAUUUAGCGCGGAGGAGGAUGAGCCGGAAAAUAUCCCACCUUGGAGAAAGACUAACACACGCAAUGAUUUUGAAAACCGCAUUAGUUACCCAUCUACAGCUGAUAAACGACGACGGAUAGAUAGCAACAACCAUAAUUUCAACAGCAAGAAUUCAACCCCCAAUCCUGAUACCGUUCGUCCUUUGCCUGUUCUGAAAAAGAUGCUCGAUCUAUUGAAGAAAAAAUGGCGUCUCGAGAAUAACUACACCUAUGUUUGCGAUCAGUUCAAAUCCAUGCGCCAGGACUUGACCGUCCAGCACAUAAAAAAUGAGUUUACAGUGAAUGUGUAUGAGAUACAUGCCAGGAUUGCUUUGGAAAAGGGGGACCUUGGUGAGUAUAAUCAAUGCCAAACGCAACUGCGGGCAUUGUAUUCGCAAAAUCUUGGAGGACAUCCCAUGGAGUUUAUGGCAUAUCGCAUCCUAUAUUUCAUCCAUACUCGCAACCGAACGGCGAUCAACGACGCUUUGGCAGAUCUAACCCCUGCAGAUAAAUUGGACCCCGCUGUGAAACAUGCUCUUGAUGUUCGAUCAGCUUUAGCGUUGGGGAAUUACCAUAAAUUCUUUCAACUUUAUCUGGACACGCCGAAUAUGGGUGCUUAUCUCAUGGACAUGUUUGUUGACCGGGAGCGCCUUGCAGCACUUGCAUGUAUUUGUAAAGUGUAUAAACCUGAGGUGAAGAUAAGAUUUAUUACUGAAGAACUUGGUUUUGAGUCCGAUGAACAGGCUGCCCGAUUUAUAUUAGACCAUGCCCCAGAGGAUUUGCUCCAGGAAAAGCUUGAUGGGGUUAAGCUCCUUACCGGAAAAGCCGGUCAGGUUUUCGAAGUAGCCAAAGCGGAAGCUCACAAGGUGGUCGACAUAAAGGGGCAGAUCUAG